AGUGGGUUUUCAAAAAUUACCGUAUAUGUUUUAUUAAAACUCAAAAAACAAACAAUUGUUGAAAUAAUGCCAUUUUGAAAGUUAAGUUGGGCCAUUCAUUCCAAACCACCUUAAAAUAUUGGCUUUCCGGAAGAGAAGCAGCGUGUAAAAGAAAUCACUGCGCCUGGGGACGGCGGCAGAUAUACAAAGUGGGUAUUCCCUGUUCAGUCUGGUGUUGUGUAAUCAACUUAAGGCCAUCAAAUGACAGAAUGAGUUGACUGCUGUCGUAUUGCAAGCGACCAGGGACACGAGAUAUUUGUUCUUCUCCAGCAAUGACUGUUGAAUCGACUGCUCUUGUGAGUUACAUUUGAAACCGCGAUCUCCUUCUUUGAUCCAGAAGAUAGACUCUGUGUCGCUAUGGCCAUUGCACAUGUAGCCACGGAGUAUGUGUUUUCGGAUUUUCUGCUAAAAGAACCAUCGGAGCCUAAGUACAAAGGGGUCCGACUGGAACUUGCCGUGGAUAAAAUUGUCACUUGCAUCUCCGUGGGUCUCCCGUUGUUGUUGAUUUCACUUGCGUUUGCUCAGGAGGUAUCUGUAGGCACCCAGAUCAGCUGCUUCUCCCCGAGCUCGUUCUCCUGGCGACAGGCCGCCUUUGUGGAUUCCUUCUGCUGGGCUGCGGUGCAGAAACACCACCUGUCGCAGAACGACUCUGAAAGGGUGCCCCUCUGGCUGCAUAAGUUUUUCCCCUACAUCCUGUUGCUGGUGGCGAUCCUGAUGUACGUUCCGUCCCUGUUCUGGCGCUUCACUGCAGCGCCCCACCUGUACUCGGACCUCGCCUUCAUCAUGGAGGAGCUGGACAGGUCCUACAACCGAUCCAUCAAGCUGGCCAAGAACUUCACCAGCAACGGGAAGCUUGACUCUGCAGCCGCGGACACACGCACAAGUUUAUGGGACUUGACUGAAGGCUGCUUUAGGUAUCCGUUAGUGGAACAGUACCUAAACACAAAAAGAUCUACCAAAAACCUGAUUAGCAAGUACCUCAUCUGCCGAAUCAUAACUUUCAUCAUACUUAUAUUCGCUUGCAUCUAUUUGGGAUAUUACAUCAACCUGGCGUCCAUUACCGAUGAGUUUAAGUGCAGCAUUCGAACUGGAAUCUUAAAAAACAAAACAGACAUUCCCCAGUUUUUUCAAUGCAAACUCAUAGCGGUUGGAGUCUUUCAGCUGCUUAGCUACGUUAACUUAAUAGUCUACACUGUGCUGGCGCCCGUGGUAAUCUACACAAUCCUGGUGCCAGUAAGGCAAAGCUCCGAUUUCCUCAGGGCCUAUCAAAUCCUGCCAACCUUCGGCGUCCUGGAAUUUGGCUCUAGGUUCUACGACGACCUGAGCCUCUACUUGCUCUUCAUGGAGGAGAACCUCAGCGAGCUGAAAUCCUACAAGUGUCUCAAGGUGCUGGAGAACCUCCAGGUUAACGGGGAAGAAGGCUUCGAUGCCAUGUGCCUCUUGAGGAACCUGGGCCAGGUCAAGACGGACACUGUGGACGGCAAAGUCCUGCAGCAUAACAAAACUGAGGCGGAGGCCGGAAACAGUGCCACUGAGCUAAAAGACCUUUCAAAUGAAUCGUCAGAAGACGGUGUGAAAAAAGAUAGAAAAGAGAAAGAAGACAAAGUCCGUCAGAGACUUCUGGAAUCCACUUCUACUUACUAGCAGUAGCUGUUCAUGCAUUGCCUGAAGAGAAGAAACUCAAUAUCCUAUAUUAUCGUGGUUGCAAGGAGUUAACCCUUAAAACUUCAAAAAAGAGAACCCGAUGCAUUGGAAUCCUUCGCGUAUGGCACGUUGCGAAGUACAUAUCCCCUGAAAGAAAAAAUGUAACAAAAAAUACACACCAAUAUAAGCCUGUGCAUGGAAAUAACCUUUGGAGGAGACACCAGAGUUUCAUGGUUACAUUUUACAUAAAUUAAUCAAUUUGGAAAAAUGGAAAUAAAGUUGUUGAAUACUAAAUAUUGAGCCAGGUGAAUUCUGCUUAGAUUUGAAUGCAGUGUUAUGUGUUAUCUCAUAUGGACUUACGAUGUACUGUACGCACAGUAGGGGUGGUCCAAAAUAGCACCAGUUGGCCAUGGCAGUGCCAUGUAUACAAUGAAAUCCUUAAAAAAUAAAACUAGCUCAAAAUGAUGCACCUUGAAUGGUAAGAUUCUGUCAAUAAGCUUUUAAUGGAGUAACAGACUGCACUAAUGCUUAAUCCCUUUGUUUCUGAGGCUGAAAGUACUAAUAUUACUUCAGACAUCCUUCGACAUGUUAUUGACCACUGGCGUAAGUCGACCUACAGGUGCCAACAGAUCUCCUGCACUGAAAUGGAUUUCAAGCAAGCAUGACUCAUUCUGUAAUAAUAAUAAUAAUAAUAAUAAUGGAAACUAUCUCUCUCCGGUUUUACAUCUUGAUAUAGAAACACAGCUGUAAGCCCUUUUGAUUUACUAUUGAAGUUCCUCCAUACACAUUAAUGCCAUCUUUCCACAGAUUAUAAAAAGUAGCCUGUCUGCUCAAGGUUCAUGAUAAAAUGAAACCCUGAGGAUCUGUCUUUCCCCAAAGGUUUUAUACUUAAAAGGCCAGUUGUAAUUCAGACUUAUUAGAUAUAAAUCAUAGGGAUUUAUGAAUAGCGUACGCAUGCCAGCCAUAAUGUUGUCUGCCUUUAAUAACUUCUAGAAUAUUAAUGUAGUCAGUAGUUCAUUUGUUACUUACCUUGUUGGUUCAAAGAAAAAAUGCAAAGUUCAAAUUGUAUUUAAUGUGUUGACUGAAAAUUAGGAAUUGGUGUAGUUCAUAGAAAUUACUUAACAUGUUUGUACAAACUGUUUUUUUUUUUGUACUUCAGCUUUCCAAUGAUAAGUUUAUUUUAUUUUUAUACUUUCAGCUGUUGGCCUAUUGUCCCUUUUGAACUAUGUUAUAUUUUAAUCCCCUUCUAAAGCUUGUACAGUUGUGUUUUUCUACUGUAUAUAAAAUGAAUGUUCUUAUUUUGAGUGCAUUAGUUGCAAAACUUUUAGUGGAUGUCUCACCACUGAAAAUGCUACCAUGCAAGAGAACAUACAGUAGAUCUUAAAAUCUGAACUGACUUGUGCAAAUUAUUCAUUUUGAAAUGGAGUUAUUAUCCAGAUCAGCUUGGCAAGAGUCUUUGUCAGUAGUUCAGACUGACCUUACUUGAAUGCCACAUUCAGAGGACUCCUGUUGUUAAAUUGUGGCCCGUUUGUACCUCUCUACUAGGCAGCUGAAUUGUUGGGUUGAUUGAAACACAGACAACUUUAGCAAAGAGCACAGUUAGUUAUUAUAAUUAGAAUAUCAAUCUCACCAACUUGAAAUACAGUAAAUGUAUACUGUAAAACUUUCCUUUCGCUCUUCAUCAAAGCAAAAACUGUUGUAAUUCUAGUGAUUUCAUUAACAUUUUGGGCCUUUUUUUAAGCAAACAGUGGUUUAAAUGCAUGCUAAUUCUCUGAAAAAAAUAUGUAACAAAAAACCCAUACCCUUCAUGGACUCCCGAGUGGGCAUCCAGUAAAGGCCUAUCCAGUAAACUCUGUGUGGAGUGCAGGAUGAGCCCUAUAGCCUGGAGAUCACAGGUUCGAAUCCAGGCAUUGUCAUUGUCGACCAUGACUUGGGGUUUGUAGGGGGCGGCACACAAUUGGCCGAGCCCCGUUUGGGUAGGGAGGAAUAAGGUCAAUGGGACAGUUCACUGCACACCAGCAACCCCUGUGGCUGAUAGGGCACCUGCGGAUCUGCAGUGGAGCCAUUCAGAUCUGUGU